AGCACAUGUCAGUAUUUGAUCUAUCUGGGAAGCUUUUCGCCUUUUAGGUUGUAAUAUGGUGUCGCUGCUAUGUCUGCACAUUUACAAAUAAUAAGGCACUGAUAAGGCACCAAUAUGUGAUCCUCUCCGCAUCUCCAAUGUCGGUCCGACGAUUACAACACCACCAAUAAACAGUACCACCACCAUUCAGCACACACCAUGUCGCAUUUACCGCCCUCAAUCUAUCCUCCCUCAUCAUCGCCAUUCGUGGUGAGCCAAGCUAUCAACGCCGAUACCCCUCCGCCGCCCCCUCCCAAACCGAGCAGCCACGAUGUCAGUCGAAACGGCACGCCGCAAAUGAAUCCCGUUCUCCCGAUCCCUCCAUCGCAGGCAUACCAGGAAGGAUAUAGCCAAGGUCGAGCGCGAGCGCAGUCUGUGAAUGCUGCUCAAUCGCCGGCUCCGGGUAACCUGCCCAGACCUCCGACAGUGGAGGAGGGGUGGUUACCGGAUGUUGUGCGGGAUAAAUCGACUGCGGAUCUACAAACAGUCCUCCAAAACCCAUCCCUCAUCUCCGCCCUCUCCAGCCACCAUCCCUCCCACACAGCCCACCAAAACCACCUCGAAUCCCUCCUCAAAUACAACCGCGACCUCACAACCCACCUUCUAGACCUGCAAAAGCAACUGUCCGACUCCCGCGCGUCAACCGAAUCCCUUCUCUUAGCACACCAAUCCCUCGAAGUCUCAUGGCGGAAGAAACAGACCGAAAUGGACGCCGCGUUAGCGCCGUGGUCGCCGCGCGCGCUGUACCAGCGGCUGUCUGCGUCAAUUUCGGAGCAGGAAGCUAUUUGUCAGGCUGUUGAGGAGAGCUUUUUGGAGGAGGAUCAUCAUGGCAGUGUUACGGAGAAGGAGGUUGCGGAUUGGGUGAGGAGGGUGAGAGCUGAGGCGGGGAGGUUGGCUGCUAGGAGGGAGGCUAAGGCGAGGUGGGACGAAGGGAGGGUUGGGGGGUGGCGGUGAUUUGGUACACUAUAUUUUCAAUAUCCUACGUGCUAAGUUGACUUCUAACCAGUACGACAGCUCGGUUCAUAUAUCUAGUCGUGCCUUAAGGGGCGCCCAUCAAACCAAUGCGAGUUGACCACUUUCCGCACGCUCAGCA